AUGGCGACAAACACACAAUCGAAGGCUGGAUCGAUAUCCAACUCACCAUUCUUUGCAGCCUUGCUAGCCGAGACACGCAACCAAAUCUACUCCUACAUCAUGAACAGCGACACGGCAACUCUCCUCCCUUACCGGGUGGAUCUCAUAGCACAAAAAUCAAGAGUCACUCGGCGCAGCGAGUCAGCAAAUCGCUCAAGCAUAGGCAUCGUACCCUUCAGCCACACCAUGAAGCUCCUCAAUUACCAAUGCCGCUCCGAAUACCUCCCGCUCUUCAACAAGAAAGUCCUCGAUAUGGAAGUCCCGACAAUUGACGUGGUCCUCAUUGACUUCAACUGCGACAUCCUCCUCAACUUCCUGCGCCGCAUUACGCCACUCGGCCGUACACGACUGGCGAAUGUACAAGUCAACGUCCACAUGACCAUCACCAUCAAUUUCGGCGAUGCCUUGCUCCCAGCCAAGCAAAAGUCGAGUCUCGCCCACUUCCUCGACUACCAAGACUGGCAACACCCAGCGGCUACUCUCCGAUACCACUUGCAACAAGGCGAUCCAGCUCGAGACGCAGAAGUCUACUACUUCCUCAACAUCUUCCGUCAAAGCAUCUACCCCAACAAUGCAAACCCAGAUCUUGUUAUGAUCUGGACGGCAUUCCAGCCGCAUUUCCAGUCGAUGCUGAGCGAGUCCGCAGAGGAUGCGGCAAAUAACGGCGUGAACGUCGCUACGCCGGACGAGGACGGUGAUCAGGUCGAUGGAUAUGGGCAGGUGUACGAUUCCAAUCUGCAGUCGUGGGAGUACGAUUCUGAAUUCGGCGACGGCGAGAGCAUCACCACUCGAGAUUCUGCCCGCGAAUUGGUGACCGAACACGAUCUGCCCCAAGAUCUUGCCGUCGACUUGGACGCAUUCGCUGUUGACGAGGGCGGCGAGGGCUUGCAGAUGAUGAUGACAGUGGAGGACUGGAUUCAAGUCGAGAAUCUUGAGCCGGACGAGUCGAAUCCGCUUCCCACGGACGAGGACCCGGAUCUUUAUGGCUGGGAGCAGGAUGACGAGGGUGACGGAGGAGAAGAAGGCGUGAUUGUCGUGGGGUAA